AUGAAUUGGUUCUACAAUCUCAUCAGAAAAACACCAACUCCUCCCUUUGAUCCUUCAUUCACCAAAGUUUGUCUAGUAACUGGUUCAUCUUCGGGAAUUGGUUUAGAAACUGCCAAAUUAAUGUACUCGAGUGGAUUUAACAUUGUGUUAGCUUGUAGGAAUGUGAAGAAGGCAGAGGCAGUGAAGAAUGAUUUUGAAAAGAUUGAAUUUCCUUCCAGAAAUUCUGCAAUGAAACCUCAGAUUACAAUUUUAGAGAUGGAUUUGGCUGAUUUUGACAGUGUUUCGAAUGCAUGUAAAGAGUUUGGAAAUGCAUUUGAUAGAUUGGAUGUAUUGGUGAAUAAUGCUGGAACUUGGAAUGGAUUUUCCAAGGAUAAUUUGAUUGGAAUUACAAAGCAAGGAUUCAGUGUCACUUAUCAAACAAGUCAUUUGGCUCAUUUCUACUUGACAAGAGAGUUACUACCAUUCAUUAUUAAUUCUUCCAAGAUUACUAAUAAGCCAGGUAGAAUUAUCAAUGUUAGUAGUGGGCUACACCUCUAUGCAAUGAAUCAGAUCAAUAAGAAAUCUGAUUCUCUUUCGGAUUUGGAAUGGGAAAAGAGAAUGGUAAAUGAACAUGGAGAUAAUUUCAAUUCUCAACUAUAUCAAUACAUGUAUGUGAAACUCCUGAAUGUAAUGUUUGCCAAACAUCUUUCCAGAAUGUACACUGAUAAGGAAAUUCUUUCUUUCAGUUGUCAUCCUGGUCCAAUUUCAAGCGAUUUUUAUAGAGAUUGGUCUAGCUUACUGAAAUUCUCAUUGAAUUUCAUGACCAUUCCUUCUGUUUAUGGAGCAUUCACUAGUUGCUACUUGGCCACAAGUGAAGAUCCAAUUAUUUUGUCUAAUAAUGGAAAUUAUUUUGAUAAUUGUUCUAUUGCAAAAUAUCAUAAACUUGUUGACGAUGUUGAACAAUGUAAAUUGAUAUGGGAAAAAAGUGAAAAGCAAUUGAACGAUUUAUAA